AUGUUUACGCCCAUGGUCACCAUCAACGACUCCCAAUAUAGAGAUGAUCCUCCUCCAGCCACCAGCCACGCCAAAUUAGUGCGUGGCGGUGGCAAUACGCUGUUCACAGCCGCCUUCUUAGCUGCAUCUGUUCCUCCUCAACUUCCUUCUCCUGUUUCAUCUGCUGUUUCCUCGUUUAUUUCCAACGAGCACGCUGACGAUUCUGGAGAAUUGAAACUAUCUGAUUUUCUUGAUAUCCCCUCGCUUGUCACGGACGACGAGGAGGAAGAGUCCGACGCAGAGAGCUCGGCGCCUUCGAAGUCGCUGGGUGGCUUUGAUGUGUCCAUCGAUGCUAAACCUUCCACCACAGCUGCCACCCAGGAGGUGAAACGCUUCAUCAAGAAGGAAGUGACGCAGGAGGAAGUUACUCAUGAGAAGUCUGAAAAGGAGAAGUCCGAGAGGGAGGAGUCCGAAAAUGAGACGCUACACAAGGAAGUCUUGCGUCUGGAGAUGUCUGAGACGUCUAGUUUUUCGGGCAUCUCCACCAAUAAGUCCAACACUUCGGGAUUCUCAGCUUUGUCGUCUGACUCAACUUCACUGACGAUCCAAGCUGAAGAGUCUCGAGUGUCACCUACUCAGUUCAAUACCGAGAGGCUGAGGUUGAUGAAGAUCGUAGUUAAGUAUAUCUCCAUGAAAAUCACCAACUCGUUCCCGCCCGAGUCGCCCAGAACAAUGGAUCCUAACGAGAUGCCGUUAGAGACGUUUCUUAUGAUCUUGGUGAGCAGAUUGCAGCUCUCGCUCCCUAUGUUCAUGAAGGGCAUCAUUUACUUGUUCCGCUACAUGGAUGUCAUCUAUCUCUUACGGUAUUUGAAUCAGCUGAACAACUUUGCAAACUACACCGAGAUGGGCUUCUGCAUUAAGAAGUUGAUCAUUGGAUGUUUUAAGUUGGCAUUGGCAAGGGAACGUGUUAGAAAGGAUUGGAGCGGAAUCACUGGACUCAAGCAUCUGGAGAUCAACUCCAUUGCAAAGGCUGUGGUGAAUCGCUUGAACGGCAAGUUGAUCAUCAAGAAUGUCGAGCUUAUUAGGUUGAAAACGGAGAUCUUCCGGUUUGUGAAGAUGGUCACCAAGACGGUGUGA